CUGUUGGAAUUUACUGUUAGUUGAUAGGUCGAAAGCAGUCCAGUUUUAUUAAAAAAGGGCCGAUGUGGAUGCUGGUUUUUCUUUUAGCCCAGCACUAAGAUGCAUGAUUGGACUUGACACGACCUUGAUUGAAGACCAUGAUUAAUCAAUUAGCCUAGUUGAAUCUGGAGUCGUGGUGCUGGGCUAAAACAAAAUAUCUGCACGCACAUCGACCGUUUUCGGAUAAAAUUGGACACCACUUGCCUUAAACUCAACGUAGGUUACAGCUGCUCUGAGUGACGUAAAAGUUCAUUGCGACUAGUGAGACAGCAAGGAAACCUAACCUAUUGCCUGGACCAACUUGAUUUGAUCUAAAUAGUCAAAUCCCUAGCGUCAAAGGCCAAUUAUUGGGCAAACACCUGACACUUGUAGGCUGCGUGAUAGAUUCACAUGUAAUCUCAGAGUAAUACAUAAAUUACGCAUUAAUGACCUUAUAAAGCUAAAAAUAUAGCAAUGAUUGAGUUACAAAAAAGAAUGUGGGCAUACAGGUGUGCAAAAUGUAUAAAACUGGAGUAAGAGAACUGUAAUGAUGAUCUACCAAUUAAACUCACCUUAUUUACAAUAUGUAUGUCUGUUCAUAAUAGGCUUACAAAACGUCUCGCUAUAAACUCUUUCCUGCGAUGAUACUGUCAUUUCGCCGGUUUGAUCGCAUCAAUAGCCUUCCUCACCGUCUCAAAAGGAACCUACGACCAACGGCACACAGGCGUCCCUGUGCUAUAAGAGAUUCACUCGGGCUCUGCCUCUGGUAGCUCUAAGAUCUGGACCACCACCCUUGCGUCCUGCGGGGCUUAGGCAAUUCACGAUCAACACUUUAGGAUGACAUUAAGAAAACGGCUGCAGCCAUGCAAUCCGCAUUCAAUGCCGCCCCACAGCGAUUCGGAUACUCCACCCUCGCUCCAGAAGUCGGAGAGCCGGACAGCGUUCUCACGGUGAACUGGUCCUUAAUGCGGGGAAACACCUCUCACCUGGAUACGGAGAACACACGCGUCCCUCAUUAUAAACAGUUCUCAUCGUCCACAUCAGUAUUUUUAGCAAUGCUCAUGACGCUGCUGGUCUUUGCCACAGUCAUGGGAAAUGCACUUGUAAUUUUGGCAUUUGUCGUGGAAAAAAGUUUGCGGACCCAAGGCAACUUUUUCUUUUUGAAUUUAGCAAUAGCGGACUUUCUUGUUGGGGGGUUUUGCAUUCCAGUCUACAUCCCCUAUGUACUAACUGGAGAGUGGAGACUCGGACGAGGUCUGUGCAAACUGUGGCUCGUGGUGGACUACAUGCUCUGCACUGCCUCUGUGUUCAACAUCGUUCUGAUCAGCUUCGACCGGUUUCUUUGUGUCACAAGAGCGGUGAGUUACAGGUGCCAGAAGGGUGUGACCAGGGAGGCCGUGCUGAAGAUGGCGAGCGUGUGGCUGGCCGCUUUCCUGCUGUACGGUCCGGCCAUCAUCAGCUGGGAGCACAUUGCGGGCGGGAGCGUGGUCCCGCACGGCGAGUGUCACGCAGAGUUCUACUUCAACUGGUACUUCCUGAUGACAGCCUCCACCGUGGAGUUUUUCACCCCCUUCAUCAGCGUCACUUACUUCAACCUCAGCAUCUACAUCAACAUCAGGAGGCGGAACCAGAUGAGGGAGGGGCAGUCGGCGGGGGGCGGGGCGGGGCUGGGGGCGCUGGGGGACUGGGAGAUGCAGCCGUGCGGUAGGGUCGGGGGGGAGCCGAAGGUGUUUUUCGUCAGGGCGGCGGCGGCCAGCAGGUGCGGCGGCGACGGGAGGGGCGGCACCAAGGCGUCCACGAGGGACAGCGACGGGAAGCGGCGGGACAGCGACUUGCUGGACCUGCCGCCCCUGCAGCUGGAGGACCUGGCCCAGGGGCCGGGGGACGGGCCCUGCGGGGCCCAGCAGGGCCGCUCUGAGGCUGCCGUCGACCCAGUGCGCUUCCGCCUCCUGCGCGACAAGAAGGUGGCCAAGUCGCUGGCGGUGAUCGUGUGCGUGUUCGGACUGUGCUGGGCUCCCUACACCAUGCUGAUGAUCAUCAGAGCUGCCUGUCAUGGCCAGUGUGUGCAGCACUAUCUGUACGAGAUCUCCUUCUGGUUGCUUUGGCUCAACUCUUCCAUUAACCCCAUCCUGUAUCCAUUGUGUCACACCAGCUUCAGGAGGGCCUUCGCAAAACUGCUCUGCCCCUCCAAGAUCAAAAUUCAGCCCCAGUAUGUUGAACAGAAGUGCUAGGGAGGGAGCUAGCCACAUGGGGUUCAUUCUUUCAUUCAUAAUUUUAUGGCUGUGGGUAAAAAAACAAUUUAUCCAUACCCAUAAAAGCUUAUAAACCUUAUAUAGACUAAAUUAGGCAUUUUUUCACUGCCAUGAAAGUAUGAAAAAAGGAUAAACAAAAUGUUUACCAUUGCAUGGGUGUAAAGAAUGGGAUUUUUUAAAAACGCUGUUGCAUUCUUUAGAUUUAUACAGUUUAAAAUAUUUUAUUUGCGCAACACAAUAGAAAACAUACAAUGAUCAACAGCAUGAAUGCAAGUUAAAGGCACAGCAUUAUGGCAUUGCGUUUUGAAUUAUAUAGCCAGUGAGUGGUGCACGUGCCAUCACAGAAAAGUCUGCUCAAAGUGAUUAUAGAAUCACAGAGUUGACCUUGGUAACAUCUGUGCUUGUUGUCCUACCACUUUAACUUCUUUAGGAAUAAUAAUACUGAUUCAGAAGCACAACAGCAAAGAACAUUCCUCAAUAGUAAAUAUUGCGACAUCACAAAAUAGACUGUGUUCCGUAAUAUGGUAUGUACAUAUUAGAAAAC